AUGCCGAACUACGAAUCCAUAUCUGAUGGCCGUGCCGCCCCCAGCUCCCCCUCCCCCUCCGAAAUGACGAGACACAGAAGGGCGCGAGCCCAUGGUCAGAAAGAUGGAGGACACAGUGGUCAGGCGAGCAUGAUCAGUAGUAUCAUCAACCUGUUGAACACGAUCGUUGGAGCUGGAACUCUCGCCAUGCCAGCCGCCUUGUCGCAUUUCGGAAUCAUACCCGGUGUCAUAGUAAUCGUUUGGUCGGGCUUCACCUCGGCGUUUGGCCUCUACCUCCAGUCACGAUGCGCCCGAUAUCUCGACCGCGGCUCUGCCUCAUUCUUCGCCCUCUCCCAGCUCACCUAUCCGAACGCCGCAGUCAUAUUCGAUGCCGCCAUCGCCAUCAAGUGUUUCGGUGUCGGCGUUUCAUACAUGAUUAUUAUCGGUGAUUUGAUGCCGGGAGUCGCGCUCGGCCUCGACAGCCGAGCGCAGCACGUGGCCUUCUUGAUGGACAGAAAUUUCUGGAUUACGGCCUUCAUGCUGGCCAUCAUUCCGCUCUGCUUCCUGAAGAGGCUGGACAGCCUGAAGUACACGAGCCUGAUCGCCUUGGUUUCGAUUGGAUAUUUGAUCAUACUCGUGGUUUAUCACUACGCUGCCGACUCGAUCCCUGAUAGGGCUCCAGUCAGGUUUGUCACAUGGGAUGGGCCUAUAUCCGCUCUCAGCAAUCUGCCCGUCGUGGUGUUCGCAUAUACAUGUCACCAGAACAUGUUUUCUAUUCUGAACGAGAUCAAGGACAAGGCUCCAAAGAGUGUUCUGGGAGUUGUUGGCUCGAGUAUUGGCUCAGCUGCCAGUAUCUAUGUUCUAGUGGCCGUCACUGGUUACCUGACAUUUGGCGACGAUAUCCAUGGCAACAUUGUCUCCAUGUAUCCUCCGUCGAUUGCCUCCACCAUCGCCAAGGCAGCCAUCGUUGUCCUCGUUCUCUUCUCCAUCCCCCUGCAGGUCCACCCCUGCCGCGCAUCCAUUGACGCCGUCUUGAGGUGGCGUCCCAACUCUGUAUCGCGCCAAUCUCAGAACCGAUCAAAUUCUCCAGGCGGUCGCCCUCUUCUGCCGACAGUCCAAGCACGAUCCGACCAUGGCCCCGGCGCACCCAUGUCAGACAUGAGAUUUGCUUUACUCUCCACUGCAAUCCUGGUCCUAAGCUACGUCGUGGCGCUUACCGUUGUCAGCCUGGAGCGCGUUCUAGCCUAUGUCGGUAGCACUGGCAGCACCAGUAUCAGCUUCAUCUUGCCCGGACUGUUCUACUACAAGAUCUCAGAUCCGAACUCCAUUCACCACCAGCGUCUCGCCAAGUCCGACGACGAUGUCGGCGCCGACUCAUCCGUUUCGGAUGACGACGAUGAUGACGAAGAGGCCAACGAAGCCAUGGCUCGGAGCGUGGGGAGCGUGAGAAGCGCCGCCAGCGGAAGAAGCGGCAACAGAGGAUCUCGACGCUGGGGGAGAAAGAGGAGAUGGGAUCUGGAACACAUCAGUCCUGUCUACCUGAGGCGCGGAGCUCUGGCUCUUGCGAUAUAUGGAGGCUGCGUGAUGGUCACGUGUCUUGUGCUAAACAUGUUCGUCAGCGUUGCACACUAG